AGCGAUAACAAAAUAUCGAAAAAAAAGUAUCGAAUAAAUGGAAUCACAUCUGUGAUUUGCAGCACUGCUCGGCGAACCCUGCACAACACUGCUCACACAUCACUCAAUUUAAGAAAACGCGCAAUCUAGCAAUUUUUGUUUUGUUUUGUUAAAUCCUUGUUUUUGUUAAUUAAACUUACCCUAUUAUGGCUUUCUUUGCGGAUAUGGUUAUAAACGAUGGCCAUAUGGCAUUUGAAAAGUGUGGUGACGUGGUGGUGUCGACCAAAGACAACAAGCUAGCAUUGUUUUGCCACUUUUGCAAGGAUCUCAUCACAUAUCUGCCGCAGUUUCUCCGGCAUCUUCAUGAGGCGCAUGGCGAUGUGCUCCAUUUUAAGAACGAUCACAAUGUCUACAGCGUGGAAGAGCUGUUAUCCGGCGCAGCAGAAGAAGAUCGGGAAGCGGAGGAUGUUGAAAACAACAGCCAAGACGAGAAUUGUGGAAUGCCACAAGUGGCGGAGGAACCGGAUGAAUGUGUGAAAUCGAAAAACAUUCCAGGUACAGAUGAAACAGAGAAAGAAUCGCCCGGUUCAACUACGGACGUCCUGGCUGAAGUGGAAGCCAUGUUGUUCUCGGACGAAGACGACGAAAAGGAAAGUGAAAAGAAUUCUCAACAGGAUAUGGCCAUUAAAGCCUACCUUGAGGUCUGUCAAGGAUUGCAGAAAAAGAAGGAAGUCACUAAGGAACCCCUUAUUUCCAAACCCGAACCAGAUAGCCAAAGAUCCAAAGGAGGACGCAACCAAAAAGGUCUGAAUAUUUCCCGCCUAAGGAGUCACGCUAUUGCCAGGCAGUCUCGAAAACGCAUGAGCACCGUAAAGAAGCGCAUUUUGCGUGCCAUUGACAACUUUGUGCCAAAGAACCAAAUUCCCUUAAAGAAUAACCCGGCCGAUCAGGACAAGGCGGCUGACCAGGCCCAGCUCUUACAAUUGGCACCAAUUCGGCCGAGGAUACCGCUUUCCAAGACCCCAGCCCGACCUCCCAUGAAUGCGGGUCAUCUAAGCGUUAGGAAAUCGACUCUUACAACAGCCCGAAUCUCUCUUCAGAUGACAACCACCACCACCACAUCGUCGGCAACAGUCGUUUCUUGUUCAAAGGAAGAAGAACCCUCAUAUCAGGCCUCGCAAUCAGUAGUCCAAUCCUCUAUAACAGAACAGGAAAACUCCUGCCAGGAGAACCAAAUGUUUAAUUUAGGCAAUAUUUGUGGGACCCAAAAGUCACCCAUCGAGAUACAAAAAAUUGAAAUGCUUCCCAAGCUCGAAACUCAAAAUGAUAUUUUAAAUAACGCUGAAAAUGUAGACGAUAUUGACAUAGAAAAAGAGCUUGCAGUUCUGCUUGGCCAACCCAUGAGAUGGAAUUCAAAGGAGACGAAAGAGAGUCCAGCUAAAGUGAUAAAUUCAAGAACUAAAAUCCAAAAACUAAAUAAAGAUGUCAAGAGUUAUAAUCAAACACAAUUGAAUACCAAAAAUGUAGAAAACAAAUUAGAAAUCAUCCUCGCUGGGAUAGAUUUACUGAACAAGACGCCUACAAAGCAAGAUUCCACAUCAGCUGAUGUAAAUGAAAGCAUCGAAGUGUUAAUUGACAAUUGUACUCUCUUGAAAUAUGUUGGGCUGCCAGUAAUCCACAACCCCAGCUAUGAGGACAAAAUCAUGUUGGACGAGUUGGAAGAUUUACGAGGAAAGGCGGCCAAGUUUUGUGAAAUCUUUCGAAAAUACGACGAAAUUUGGAACUGCCGAAGGACAAAACCCAUGGCGAAUAAUACCAAAAAACUUGCAGAUCUUAUAGAAUUAUUAACCCAAGAUGUAAUUGCCGAAUUGGACUGUUAUUUGUCCAAAUCUGAUGCAAAGCGUAUACUAAAUUUAAUUACAUUGUGGUUUCGACAGACUAUCGACCUUAAGCACUUCAAGAAGGUCCCACUUUCGCCCAGCAUUCAGUACUAUUUCAAUUUAUUUGCCUUCAUACCGAAACUCACUCGAUUUCUAUUUUUUUGCGAAUAUUGCGACGAAAACUUUACACUGGAGGCAGCCUACAGAAAGCACUUAUUGUCUCACUCAUUUACUAUUCGAUGCGCCAUAUGUCACAGACCCUUCAAGAGGCAUGGAUUUCUCGACAAGCACUUGCGAGCCCACCAUGCCAACGACAACGUCCUGGACUAUAUUUAAGCAUUUAUUGUAAACUUGUAUUUGAUUUAUAGAAUAAUAUGCUCAAUAUUCUUGCUGAGUUGUCUUCGUUCUAAUUUAAGUUAAAAGUCAAGUUCAUGAACAGGCUAGUUAAGUAUGUAUCAAUGAAAUUAAGAAAUUCCUUACUUAAACUUUAUGUUUAAUUUAAUGUGAAUGAACACCGUCACUUUCUGUAUUAUCAACAAUAUAUUGACAUUAUCAAAGACAAGUUGAACUCGAGAGAUCAACUGACAUCUGCUCUGGAUUCUGUCGGCUUAUCGCCUCGA